GUUCAAUAGUAUAUACAUUUUUUGGACCAAUUACAAAGCGCUCUACUUCUGUUUUGCACCAACUCACUGAAUGACGUGAUGAAUUGCAAAGACAUCUGUAGUGGUUGAAUCCCCAGUACGCACAAGUGACGCGCUUCAUCCUUUGCGAAGUGAUUUCAUUUCUUCGUCUCUCACUUUGAACACUUGUCUCUUAUCUUACUACACCAAAAUGCCUUAAAUUGCUUCAAGACUAACGCUGGACAGAUAACGAGGCAAUAAUAAUUGGAUUGUGAAUUGGAUAUUUUUCUUGUUGUGGAAUAUCUCGCAAGAAAGUAUCUUGCAAUUAAGACAUGCAAUUUAUAAAUACAGAUCCGUAUUGAGAAUUUAGCUUGCAUAUAGGUUGUUAUAAAUGUUGGGCACCCCUGAGCGCAGCACUAAAUGGGGAGUCGAUGGGGAGACCGUCGUCCCCAAGCUCUCUCUCAGUGGAGAAUCAGAUGGUCCAUGAUCACUCAGCAUGCAUACCUGGCUUAACCGGACCAACUGUUCUUUCAACUGCAGUUGGGAUGAAAACGCGACAUACUGGGGACUCGAGGCACCAGUCAACAUUUUCCCUAUUCCAAUCUUGAUCGGGGUCACCGUCAGCUGCGUUUUCUUCUUCUUUGUAGGUGUAACAGGAAAUCUGAUGACCAUUUUGGUGGUGACAAAAUACAAGGACAUGCGAACCACCACCAACUUGUACCUCUCCAGCAUGGCCUUUUCGGAUUUACUCAUUUUCCUCUGCAUGCCCCUGGACUUGUACAGAAUCUGGAGGUACCGACCUUGGAAUUUCGGCAAUGUACUUUGUAAACUCUUUCAGUUUGUCAGCGAGUGCUGCACAUACUCCACCAUCCUGAACAUUACCGCUCUCAGUGUGGAGAGAUACUUUGCUAUUUGUUUUCCUCUGAGGGCUAAAGUGGUCGUGACCAAGGGUCGCGUGCGAGGAGUCAUUUUGGUCCUCUGGAUUGUAUCCUUCUUUAGUGCAGCACCUGUAUUUGUGCUCGUCGGCGUUGAGCAUGAAAAUGGGACAAACUCGUGGGACACAAACGAAUGCAAAGCGACGGAAUAUGCCAUUAGGUCUGGGCUCCUAACUAUUAUGGUUUGGGUUUCCAGCAUCUUUUUCUUUUUGCCUGUGUUCUGUUUAACGGUUUUGUAUAGUCUCAUCGGCCGAAAGCUCUGGAAGAGAAAAAGAGACACGAUUGGAGAAAGCGUUUCUAGUCGAGAUAAAAACAACAGACAAACAGUCAAAAUGCUGGUUGUGGUGGUGUUUGCCUUCGUGCUCUGCUGGCUUCCCUUUCACGUUGGACGCUACCUGAUCUCCAAAUCUACAGAGAUGGGCUCUCCUAUCUUAUCUGUCAUUAGCCAGUACUGCAAUCUCAUCUCCUUUGUACUCUUUUACCUAAGCGCAGCGAUCAACCCUAUACUAUACAACAUCAUGUCCAAGAAGUACAGAAUGGCAGCUUGUAAACUUUUCGGACUGCACAGUAAUCCGAGAAGAAGCGCUUCGAUGGUCAAAGGAGAGAGUUCCCCGUGCUGGACAGAGUCCACUGUGAGUUUGUGACUUGACAGACUGUGAUUUUCCUUAACGACCAUUUCAGACGUCAAACACAUCGCCUCAAAAGAUCAGGGAGUAUUUUAGAAAGAUUCAUUAUAUGUUUUACAAACAUUUGCUUGUAAAUAGGAGAUGGAUAACUUCAGUUGCCUUAAAUAUCAAUGAAAUCUGGAAGACAAAACUGAGCACUGUAGAUAUUACAGCAUCAUCCUACUGCACCCAACUAGAGGGAUGCAGAGGUAAUGCAUUCAUUUGCUUUCAUUCUGUGCCUGAAUAAUAACAUGCUCAGUGUGUUUAAGUGCUAUGUGUGUGCAUUAUGUCCUGCUUAACAUCAGAAGCAAUAUUAUUACACAACUAUACACAAAUGCUUUUGGAAAAAAUGAGAAAUUUGCCUUGGCUCAUUACAAAGUGAUUUAAAGACAUCAGAAAAAUAUUUUUAUUUUUAACAUUUCAUGUGUUUUAAAAUGUGUAAUUUACUCACAUUACAUUCAUUGAGAAAGGCACCUUUAAUUUUGCACCAUUACAACAACUGUUGUGACUCUAUUUGUAUUGUCAUAAAUUGGUGUAUCUGUUGUGGAAACAGCAUGUUUUCUGUAUUAAAAAAUGAUGUAUAUAAAUAAAUAUGUGUAUAUUGUAAAAUAUGUAAAUAUACCCAUGUUACACUAGAAUUCUGUUUGUAUUUUCUGUCUGUGUAUAUACUAAACAGCACUGUUUCAAUUCAGUAAGGAACUAUUACAAAUCUUUAAUCUUUAUACUUUAAUCAUCAGCUAUAUAAAUGGGCUUUAAAACUCUGAAUUGAUGGCACACAUUUGAGAUAUUGAAGAUAAAUCUUCCUCAAUCCUAAAUCAAUCGAACUGCAUCAUUAGAAAUCCUGCAUUUUUAUUUCCACUGUCUAAAUGGUGUUUUAUCGAUGUUAAAGCAAUUUCAGAGAACUCAGGCAAAAGCGAAUCACAGAAAAGAAUGAUAUCAUAAAUCAGCCAGCUCUCCUCAUGGGAAAAAAGUGACUCUGCAAAAUGAGAUUUUCCACCGUGCUUACGUGCCACUCCAGUCUACAAUCACCAUUAAUAAAAAUCCUAACCCUGUGUCGGAUGAGUCUAAAGGUUGAACUUUCAGUCAGUUUUAAAGAAACCACACUCAACAGUUCUCAAGCAGAAUAAUACUUCAACCGCUGCAGUAGCCGGUCAGGAUUUAAUGCUCAAGAUGAACAGUGUAGCUCAGUUUGUGGGUUUAAUUCACAAGGUGAACACAUAGGGGUGAUUUUCCAGGCAGGGUUUAGAUUAAUCCAAGACUUAUUUUAGAACAUUUAACUAGUUUUUACAAACCUAACAAAAAAUCAAUACUGGUGUGCACUGAUAUAUGUUGAGGUACUAUGUCAAUGCAAGAUGUUUUAAAAUUAAGGCAGAUCAAACAUGCAUUUUAGUCUGGGACUAGACUUAAGCUCUGUCCAGGAAACCAUAUAGUGAUAAAAUGGUAACGCUUUACGAUAAGGUUGUUUUUGUUAACAUUAG